AUGCCUGCGCCACCCGUUCCCGCCUCGCUGCAAAGCAGCGUGAAUGCCACCAAAGUCGAGUAUGUCCAGCUGGGCUCCUCCGGGCUUCGAGUGUCCGUACCAAUCCUCGGUACUAUGGGUAUUGGCAGUAAGGACUGGCAGGAUUGGGUGAUGGAGGAAGAAGAAGGGUUGGAGAUAUUGAAAGCGGCCUGGGACAGAGGCCUCUCAACCUGGGAUACCGCCAACGUCUAUUCUAGCGGCAUAAACGAGGAGAUCAUUGGGAAAGCAAUAAAAAAGUUCGAGAUACCCCGGCACAAACUUACCAUCUUGGCCAAGUGCUGUGGAACGGUCCCAGAGGAACCGGGCAUUUUCAAUUGGCCAUUUGAGGCGCAGAUGAAAAAGAGCAAAGACUAUGUCAACCAAGGCGGUCUAUCACGCGGCGCGGUUUUCAAAGCCGUCGAUGCCUCGCUCAAGCGUCUCGGAACAGACUAUAUGGACCUUCUCCAGAUCCACAGAUACGAUGCCUCGGUUCCUCCGGAAGAGACCAUGAAAGCGCUUCACGACCUCGUCCAAGCCGGCAAAGUCCACUACAUUGGCGCAAGCUCCAUGUGGACGUACCAAUUCGCCCGCAUGCAAUUUAUCGCUGAGAAGAAUGGCUGGACGAAAUUCGUGAGCAUGCAGAACCGGUACAAUCUAUGUUAUAGAGAGAAGGAAAGGGAGAUGAACAAGUUCUGUAACGAGACCGGUGUGGGCUUGAUCCCAUGGGGGCCUUUGUUCUCAGGCUUGCUG